GGGGGGAGAGAGAGCGAGAGAGAGCGAGAGAGAGGAGGAGGAAGGAGAUCAUCCAGCUCUGCUUGCGUCCAGUUCAUAAUUCCAGCCGUGUAUCUGAUGACGGGUAUGUCCCAGGUAACCUCUCAAUGAACCUUGUGAAGAAUACCUUGCUCUUUGCUUUAGGUCUGAAAUGAAGGAGAGGGGAGGAUUGUGCUGUAAAAAGAGUGGCUUGGUAAAGAGAAAAGAAGACUACAGCAAUACAGAGACUGAGAAGAGGAAAUCUUGUCCUGUUCAGGAGUACAUAUCUACAAACUUCUGGCAUAAUAUUUGAAUCAUAAAUGUAACAGAAUGGAAAAUCCCAAUUCUUUCUCAAAAUCACACACAGGGGAGAAGCUACAUAAUUGUAUGGACUGUGGGAAAUGUUUCAUUAGGAGAAGUUAUCUUACUAAACACCAACGUACUCAUACAGGACAGAAGCCAUAUAAAUGUGUGGAAUGUGGGAAGAGCUUCAGUGAGAGUGGACAUCUGCGUUACCAUCAACGAAUUCAUACAGGAGAGAAGCCAUAUAAAUGCAUGGAAUGUGGAAAAAGCUUCAUUCAGAGUGGACAUCUGCGUUCCCAUCAAAGGACGCACACAGGGGAGAAGCCACAUAAAUGCACUGAAUGUGGAAAGACAUUCACUCAGAGUGGAACUCUGCAUAUCCAUCAAAAGACACACACAAGGGAGAAGCCACAUAAAUGCAUGGAAUGUGGAAAGAGCUUCAGUCACAGUGUGACUCUGCGUAUCCAUCAAAGAACCCAUUCAGGGGAUAAGCCACAUAAAUGCAUGGAAUGUGGCAAGAGCUUUAGUCACAAUGCGAGUUUGCGUUCCCAUCAAAGGACCCACACAGGAGAGAAACCACAUAAAUGCACGGAAUGUGGAAAGAUCUUCACUCAGAGUGGGCAGCUGCGUAUCCAUCAAAGGACCCAUACAGGGGAGAAGCCGUUUGAAUGCACGGAAUGUGGAAAGAGCUUCAGUCAGAGUGGAACUCUGCAUUCUCAUCAAAGAACCCACACAGAGGAGAAGCCACAUAAAUGCAUGGAAUGUGGAAAGAGCUUCACUCAGAGUGGGCAGCUGCGUAUCCAUCAAAGGACCCACACAGGGGAGAAGCCACAUCACUGCAUGGAAUGUGGAAAGAGUUUUAGUCACAGUGCGACUUUGCGUACCCAUCAAAGGACCCACACAGGAGAGAUGCCACAUAAAUGCAUAGAAUGUGGAAAGAGCUUCAGUCGUAUUGGGAAUCUACGUAUCCAUCAAAGGACCCAUACAGGGGGAAAGCCAUAUAAAUGUAUCCAAUGUGGAAAGAGCUUCAGUCAGACUGCACAUCUGCUUUCCCAUGAAAGGACCCACACAAGGGUGAAGCUACAUAAAUGCGUGGAAUGUGGAAAAAGUUUUAGUCACAGUGGAAAUCUGCGUUCCCAUCAAAGGACACAUACAGGGGAGAAACCACACAACUGCAUGGAGUGUGGAAAGACCUUCAGUCGCAGUGAGAAUCUGCGUACCCAUCUAAGGACACAUACAGGUGAGAAGCCAUAUCACUGCAUGAAAUGUGGAAAGAGUUUUAGUCACAGUGUGAGUUUGCAUGCCCAUCAAAGGACUCACACAGGAGAGGAGCCACAUAAAUGCAUAGAAUGUGGAAAGAGCUUCCGUCAUAGUGGAAAUCUACGUAUCCAUCAAACGAUGCAUACAGGGGAGAAGCCACAUAAAUGCAUGGAAUGUGGAAAGAGCUUCAGUCACAGUGGACAUCUGCGAACACAUCAAAUGACCCAUACAGGGGAGAAACCACAUAAAUGCAUGGAAUGUGGAAAGAUUUUCACUCAGAGUGGACAUCUGUCUUCCCAUCAAAGGACCCAUACAGGGGAAAAGCCAUAUAAAUGCAUGGAAUGUGGAAAGAGCUUCAGCCAGAGUGCACAUCUGCAUUCUCAUGAAAGGACGCACACAAAGGUGAAGCCACAUAAAUGCCUGGAAUGUGGAAAGAGUUUCAGUCGCAGUGGGAAUCUGCGUACCCAUCAAAGGACACAUACAGGGGAGAAGCCACAUAAAUGCAUUGAAUGUGGAAAGAGUUUCAGUAACAGUAUGGGUCUGCGUACCCAUCAAAGGAACCACACAAGGGAGACACCAUAUAAAGGCAUGGAAUGUGGAAAGAGCUGCACACAAGGUUUAGCAUGCAUUCGAGUUGAAGAGAGGGUCUUCAUAGAUGCCGGCCCAGUAAGUUGGCAGUCCAAAUAAGAUAAAGAACUGACCACAAGAUAGAAGUAUUGGACGCCACUCUAUUACAGCUGUUUCCAGCCAUUGCUUGCACUAUAUAUUUCUCUUUCCUCUUCCCCUCCCUUAACAGUGUGUUUUCUUUUCCAAAUCCUCCCUGACUCCCACUCCCAGGCUGGAGUUGCCCAUUUUGGAAACUCUUAUUUUUUAAGAGGGGGGAGGGGGUUGAGAGAAUAAGAAUAAGGGAAUGUUUCGAAAAGGGAAAGGAGGGGGAUCUUGUAAAUAGUUAAGGAAACAGAGAAGAUGAUCCUAGAGGGACACCCGAGUCGUUUCCUGUCCUCCGGAAGGAAGAUUGGGGGUGGCUUCCAUGUGCCCUUCCUUCUCUGCCAUGUGACUUCCUGUCUGCCAUUGGUUAGAGGCCUUGCCCUAAUUGUCGGCAUGUGUAAUCCAUCGCCAUCCUUGUUGUGUGAAGUUCUUCUUGCGUUUGUGAGUAUCUUUGUAUAUUAAGAGAAAACCUGUAAAUAGUUCUGAGUAGCAACUGAAUCAAGAAUAAAACCUCCAAGGACUUUGGAUGAAA